AUGGUCGAUGCAACACCUGAUUCAAGUCAUAUUGAACAAACCACCUUUAUAAUCCGUUAUUUGACGAGGGAGCUUCAAGAAUUUUUUGUCCAAGAGCAUUUCUUGACAUUCGUUGAUUGUUGUAAGAAGACCGGUCUUGAAAUAGCCAUGCUAAUUUUGGAAACCUUAAAACAGUUUGGAAUGCCACUUGCAGAUUGCCGUGGUCAAGGAUAUGAUAAUGCUGCAAACAUGUCUGGCAAAUAUAAUGGAGCCCAACAGCACAUCCUUGCUGAAAACCCCUUGUGCCUGUAUUCACCCUGUGCCUGCCGUUCACUGAAUCUAUGUGGAGCAGAUUCCGCAGCUUGCUGUAAAGAAGCAGUGACAUUUUUUGGUAUGGUACAAACGGUGUACAAUCCAUUUUCCUCCAGUCCCCAGCGAUGGUCAAUUCUUCACGAAAAUAUUGGAUCCUCACUGCAGAGCCUGUCAGGUACAAGAUGGACUGACCGUGUUGCAAGUGUGCACCAUUUGCAGCUCAACUGCCAGGAAUACGCUCAGCUCUGGAGCAACUUCAUACACUGA